AUGGAUAUUCCUGAUGGUACGAUUAUGUCGGCUUUCGAAGUCAUACAGACAUCUGAUGACCAAGAGAUAAUUGAGAUUCUGGGCAGCUCCAAUAGAGACGGCCAGGAUGGCGGGAAUCAAGGAGAUCAUUCCAAUAAUUCCAAUGAUGUCGAGCUAGAGAGUAGCAUGUUGCAACUACUACGCACCAAAGCCAAGAGCGUAGAGGAAAUCUGCAGCGAAUUCAUCCAGCUGUGUGUAUCCGAUCCCGAGGCAGGGCUUUUCAAGUUCAUGCAGUUCGUCUUGGAGACUAGCGACAUUGACACGCCCGAAAUGCAAAAUAAUCAAGUCAAAUCUGGCAUCUUCUUUAAUGCGGCCAGUUCUCAGGAGAAUGUGCAUCGCUUUCCGGUGAUGGUGCGCUCUUCGCACACCUUUAGCGUGGACGUUUCGAGCUUCUUGGAGCAGCUGCUGCACGCUGUCAUCUGCACGUCCGUGGUCCUGCAGAGUCAGUUUAUGCGGAAAAUGGGUAACUUUCUGAUUGUCGGCACCGAGUCGGACGUGGUGCCGUUGCGGCACACAAACACCCUGAUUGCCCUGAAGAUGAUGACCGCGCUGAACAACAUGAUAGCGCUGCAGAACGAGAGUCAGCGCAGACUCUGGGCGAAUCUGCUCAAGAAGGUGUUCCUCAAGCGCAGACUCGAUGUCGCAGCUGACAUCCGAUCGAUGUGCGUAGCCGAGUGUGGCGUCUGGCUGGACAAUUUUCCGCAGGGCUACAUCAGUAACAAGCGCUUGAUACAUCUGUUCGAGGCGUUGGACGACGGCUCCAUGAAGGUGGAGGAGGCCAGCCUGGAUGCGAUUGUGAAACUGGAGAAGAAGACGAAGCUGCGUGAGCAAAUCGUUCAGGAGGGCUACAAGUCCCGGAUGGCCCUGCUGAGCAUCAGCCUGAGCACCCCCCACACUAAGCUGGUCGAUAAGGCGAUUCACCUGCUCGUGGCCUUUCAACGGGUCAUGCCGGAGGUGAUCGACAAUGAAAUGGUCCAGAUAAUUGAGCAGAUGGCCUUUACCGCCAAUCGAAACGUGGCUCAGGCGGCGGCCCAGCUGCUGCACGCUCGAUUCAUGGCGCAGCCCACCGCCAGCGCUCGCGUGCUCGCCAUGGCUAGGCUCUUCGUCAAGUUCUUCAGGCACGAGCAGACCCCCUACCUGAUCGACGCCUUCUACGGCAUCGGCGACAGUUUGCUCGACUGGUCCACGAUGGUGAAGAUUCUGCUGGACCAGGAGGACUUGACGCACCAGGAGGCCACCGUGAUCAUUGAGAUCAUGGCGCUGAGUGUCAGGCAAGCAGUGACCGGAGAUUCGCCAUCUGGUCGGAUCACCGACCCCUUGGCAAAGGUCGGAGCCAACGAGCUGGUAAUAACCAGUAUAUUUCCGUCUCUGAACAUGCUGCUGCACAAGUACCGCAUGGACCCUUUGCAAAUGAAAUACCUGUUGGAUCUGCCGCUGCACAUGAGCUUCUCAAGCGAGCAGGUCGAGCUGUUGCUCGGUCAGAUCAAGACGUUGGUUUUGAAGCAUAACAACGUGGAGGUGAUGCACUACUGCACCGCGGCGCUGCACCUUCUGUCCCAGAAGUACGAGAAGGUCGCCGCCCCCAUCCUCAAAGAGCUGAUGGAGCGAGCAGCGCUCAUCUACUUGGAGACGGACAGCGCCUGGCAGCUCUCAGUGAGUAAAAAGCAAGUGUCGCGCAUCAAUGCGUGCAACCAGCGUCUGCUCGUCGCACUGCGCAUCAUCUCGGCGGUCUACCAGUACUGCGAUAUGAGUGAAUUCCCGGUGAUGAACUCCGUGCUGUUGAAACUGAAGCAAGCCGUCAAGGAUAGGGACCCAUCGGUGGGGACGCUCUCUGAUGAGACGAUAAGCAUUUGCAUAGAAAUAUGUUACGUGGGCAUCAGCUGGAAUCUGAAGCGUAUCCAAGAGGCGGCCAGGGUCGGCGACCAGAUCGAUGGAGACUGCCUGGUGGUGGCCGAGCAUCAGGACAUCUUUUUCUUGGCCGCUAUGUACAUCAUUAAGAAUUCCAACGACGUGAACUUCAGCGGUGACGCCUUCGCAUCCGCGUGUGAGCUGCUGGUGCUGUUCGCUGAGAAUAUGCGCCACAGCAAGAACCCUGCCCUGUGCGCGCUGGAGUACAGGCCGUCCGCCUAUGAGCUGAAGAUCCUGGAAAACUUUGCGAUACAAUACGUGUUUGGCGGGACCGCGGCAGCCGAGCUGGACAAUGCCGUAGUAAGCAAGUUAGCCGGUCUGGUGCCACAGAAACGCCGCGUCCUGAGCGGCUUCUGCAAGCUCUGCAUCAGCAACGUUGUGCCCGUGCUGAGUGCCGCCAAUGUACUCCAGUACUAUGAGCAGUUCUUUUCGUACUACGGGGAUAUUCUGUUCAGCACCUUGGAGCACUGCAUGCUCAUCAACACAGUUGACUUAAGCAUGGUGCUGAUGCACAGCCUCCUGCUGUUGUAUAGGCGCAUUAUGGGUGCCUUUGACAGCCCCGUCCAGGCAAGCGACUCCCUUCAGUUUGGCAAGCUGAUCAGCAUGUCCAAAAUGUUCAGCCAUCUGUUCAGCUUCGAUCCCGUCAAGACCCACCCGGCUGUGCUCAUUUUGCACCGCGCCGGCAUAGUCUACGCCACGGAAGGUACCGAGGACGCCUGGAACGCGCCCGAGAAUCUGUUCUACUUGAAGGUCGUACGCCAGUUCGUGUACCUAUUGCAGGCCGACGACAUUACGGAUAUACUCGGCUUACUGGACAGCAGCCUCAUCGGCAAACAGCCGAACACCAGCCCCGAGUGGGAGGCCCUGCACUACUAUCGCGAUUCCCUGGUAGCUGCCCACAAUCAGAACCGACGCUAA